AUGUCACGUGAAAUCGUCAAAUUCGUUCCAUUCAACGAAAUUGAAGGAACAGCUUCUUCAAACGUUCAUGCAUAUUCGAACAAACGCACAAGCGGUUGCCGUGGCGGUCGGCACUAUCACUACGGAAUCUUCACCGGCUAUCAAUGGCAAUGUGUAGAGUUUGCUCGUCGAUGGUUAUUAAUUCGUAAGACGUGUACAUUUCGAGAUAUACCCUGCGCAUGCAAUAUCUGGGCUGAUGUGCCUCAUGUCGAACGAGUUACCGAUGGUCGAUGUUUUCAACUACGUCCUGUUCCGAACGGCUCUUUCGAACCACCAAAGAAGGAUUCAUUACUGAUUUAUAAGCGCAAUGCCAAAAAUCCCUAUGGUCACGUCGCUAUUAUAACUGAUGUGACGUCAGAUCAUGUUUAUAUUGCUGAACAGAACAAUUUAUACUAUUAUUGGCCGGGUGAUUAUGCUCGACGGGAGCCAUUGAGAUGUGAAAAUGGACGUUAUUAUAUCGACGAUGAAGAUCCAAUCUAUGGUUGGAUGGAAAUCGAGAAUAACGAUGAAUUGCAGCCCUUUGACGAAGCGAACAUCGCCAAUAUUCUCGAAAACUAUCUAGAGCAUCAAUCAGGUGAUCAUUUUUAA